CCCUAACCAGCUCAGAGCCAUUCCUAUAUAAACAAACGCGGCCAUAGAAGAAGCUAACCCUAUUUUCUUCAUUGUUCUUUGCUGGUAAACUUGAAUUCUUCGUCGUGAAUCAUUUGUUUCAGGUAGUUCACGAGUUUUUGAACCUCAAAAUUUAUGUCGUCGGACGAUGAUAGGGAGGAGGUAGAGUUGGAUCUCUCCUCUCCGGAUGUUGUUACGAAGUACAAAAAUGCUGCCGAGAUUAUAAACAAAGCAUUGCAGCUGGUGUUAUCCGAAUGUAAACCUAAAGCAAAAAUCGUUGACGUUUGCGAAAUAGGAGAUUCGUUUAUCAGAGAGCAAACUGGCAACAUGUACAAGAAUGUUAAGAAGAAGAUAGAACGGGGCGUUGCCUUUCCAACUUGCAUCUCUGUAAACAACAUAGUCGGCCACUUUUCACCUCUGGCUAGCGAUCAAACAGUGAUGGAAGAAGGAGAUAUACUCAAAAUUGAUAUGGGCUGUCACAUUGAUGGGUUCAUCGCUGUAGCUGCUCAUACUCAUGUUCUGCAAGAAGGUCCAGUCACUGGAAGGGCUGCUGAUGUCAUUGCAGCGGCUAACACUGCUGCCGAAGUUGCCUUGAGACUUGUUCGGCCUGGUAAAAAGAAUAAAGAUGUAACCGAAGCCCUUCAAAAGGUCGCUGCUGCUUAUGAUUGCAAAAUUGUUGAAGGGGUGCUUAGCCACCAGUUGAAGCAAUUUGUGAUCGAUGGAAACAAGGUUGUUCUCAGUGUCUCAAAUCCAGAUACAAGAGUUGAUGAUGCAGAGUUUGAAGAGAAUGAAGUUUAUGCCAUAGAUAUAGUUACAAGCACAGGUGAAGGCAAGCCUAAGCUGGUCGAUGAGAAGCAGACGACCAUAUAUAAAAGAGCUGUGGACAAGAAUUACCACUUGAAAAUAAAAGCAUCUAGGUUUAUUUUCAGUGAAAUAAGUCAGAAAUUCCCCAUUCUACCUUUCACUGCUAGGGCUUUGGAAGAGAAAAGAGGUAGGCUGGGACUAGUUGAAUGUGUAAAUCAUGAUCUAUUGCAACCAUAUCCCGUCCUCCAUGAAAAGCCUGGUAGCAAUCAUCUUUUCCUUUUUCGAUUUUUUUUUAAUCUUGCUCUAAGUAGUGUACCUUCUCAUGCAAUGGGUUAUUUUGCAGGCGAUUACGUCGCCCACAUUAAAUUUACUGUCUUACUGAUGCCUAAUGGAUCGGACCGAAUUGCGUCUCAUGCACUGCAAGAACUUCAACCUACAAAAACUAUUGAUGAUCCUGAAAUAAAGGCCUGGUUAGCACUUGGAACAAAGACUAAGAAGAAGGGUGGCGGGAAGAAGAAGAAAGGUAAGAAAGGCGACAAUAAACCAGAUGAUUCAACCGUGGCUGAGCCAAUGGAUUCAACAACAAAUGUGGGUGCAUCACAGGAAUGAGGUAUUCCUUCGGGUCUGCUCUUUCCCAUCCAUCACUUCAAUUUUGGCAUUGUUUUCUUUUUAAUGUAUGUUGAAGCUUCAUAUAGGUUUUUAGACAUCAAAAGGAAUGGUGUGCUUAAUACUUCAUGUAUCAUCUACGUAUUUUUAUUGGCAACAAAGUACACACUAUUUUGUUCAAUAAACAUGUCUUCACUUGUAAUAUUAUUCGAAAAGUUGGAUGGUGGAGCACCAUUUCUUUUAAAUCUUAUUACUAUAAACAACUUGUAUUAUCUUACAUUUUUCA